AGGCAGGGUGGCGAGACUCAUUCAUUAGGAGGCGGUGCGGGGCUCAGUGGCUCAGUGGGUCCGUGAAGGUGAGGCGCCGCAGUCACUAUCACCUGUGCCUGCCUGUGCCGUCCUCGAGGCGACCCAAGGUUGUCGUCACCCUAGCGUAGUUGUGGUGGUGGUGGUGGUAGUGGCGGAGAGGCAAGGGCGUGGUGGCGAUACAAUGGCAUGUCAUGGAGUUGUGUUCGUGAUGAUAAUGGUGACUCUAGCUAUGUGCAUCCUCACGCCCCUACCUGGAGAGGCAGGGCGGGUGUUCAAUUUCCAGCCUAACAACCAGCCAACAACCUCAACACGGACGUGGCUCUUUCUCCAGCCUCCAGAAAGCGGGGAGGGCCAAGACUCUGUACUGAGCAACCUGAGUGUGUGUCUUCGCUUCUUCAUCAACUUUUUCCGAGAGAGCACAUACGUGUUUUCUUACGCCACCUCCGACAAAAGCAACAAUGAUAUGAACAUGGGACUAAAGAAAAAUUCAAUCUUCAUAGCCUUAGGCAGCAGCUACAAAUACGGUUUGAAGAACAUGUCCUAUGUCCCUGGCAUAUGGUACCACGCGUGCUUCGUGGUCAAUGUAACAUCUUUCCUCGUGUACUUGGACGGGGAGCUACAGAGGGAGGGAACAAUAAAUGAACGCAGCAUCCUAAUGAACGGCUCUCUAGUGCUGGGACAAGAGACUGAUCUCGUCAACGGAGGUUUUCAGGAACAACAAAGCUUCUGUGGAAUGAUCACCGAUUUCAACCUCUACAGUCGCGCACUGACCUCAGACGAGGUGGAGGGCCUCGCUACCUGUACGAAUACUACUGAAGAAGGUGAUGUGGUGGCGUGGUCAAGCACACAGUGGACGAUAGAGGGCGAAGUGGAGGACAAACAGCUACAAGAGGAAGAAUACUGCGUCAAGAGGACACGCUUCACCGUGUUCCCAGAGCUGAGAAGGAACAGAGAAGCGAGGCAGUGGUGUGUGAACCACAAGAGUAUGCUGGCAGUGCCCCGCAGCGCCGAGGAGAACGAAAGGCUGUACGCCCAGGCCAUACCCUUCCUGAACCAGUGCCGCCCGCCAAACCACGCCAAGGGGUUCUUCUGGUUGGGAGCCACGGAUAAAGCAAAUAAUGGCGUCUGGACCGAUCUGGAGGGUGUUCUCCUCAACUACACUAACUUCGGAGGCAGAGAUAAAUCAUCGAAGAAGGAAUGCGCGAUAUACCUCAUUCCUCCGCAAAACCAGGGGUGGGAUGACAGCAUCUGCACUAACAUUUACAAGUUCUGCUCGGCGUGUAUGGAGGAGACGCCCGCUGUGCUGAAGAUGCGAGGCCUGUGUGAAGAUGAGGACUUGAAGGCGGCUUGGUUCACCUUCCACCAGCAGCCGGGAAAAAAGCCAUCAUUUAAAGGCUUCACCAAGUACAUCAUAGAACCUGAUGAUAAAGAAGAGACAUCUUGGCGCCUCGUAAACCAGUGGACCAACACAACUCUAGCUCUUCUGCACACCCAUGACCUCCAUUACCCUACGGGGACGCGGCAGUGGCAGCUUCUGACGGACUACGAGGUGUGCGGGAAGAGCAAAGACACCGAACACCUGCUCUCGCUUUCCGCCUGCUACGCCUUCGAAUUCACCUGUGGGGACGGCACCUGCUUGAACCUAAGUCAGCGAUGUGACCUUCGUGUGGAUUGCCCUGACAACACCGACGAGAUAGGAUGUGAGAAACUAGUCAGGCCGAAGGAUUAUCUCUCUUCCCUCACCCCGGCAGGAGUUGAGCCGGGUCCUCUCGCCCUCAAUCUCUCCCUACAGAUACUCGGUUUCUCGGAGAUCAACCUCAGGGAUCUCAAGCUCACGGUGGAUCUGGCAACGACACUCUCCUGGUACGAUCAAAGACUCAAGUACCGCAACCUGAAGGCUAUUCGAGAGAUCAACCACAUCCCGCCAUUAGAGGUGUGGACGCCGAAGGUGGAGUACAUGAACGCAGAUUUCCCACGCAUUUCUACCACCUCCCCGAUACUAAAUGUGGUGCGCCAAACUGAACCAGAGCCUGACGACCCUUCAGCCGUUCUUCACGGUGGGGAGGAAAGAGAAGAUGAGAUAUACCUGGGCGAGAGUAACCCAUUGCGCCUCAGCCAGAAGGUAAACGCCCCUUUCACCUGCAAUAUGAAUCUGAGGAACUUCCCCUUCGAUACCCAACACUGCAGCAUGCUUCUCCGCCUCAGCUCAGCACGUAGCAACUUCCUUACGUGGGCGGACAUGAAUGUAACUUACUUAGGAGAGGCACUACUGACGGAGUACGAGGUUGGGACAGUGCUAGCAGCGAUGCAGGAGGAGGAUAGAUACAGCGUGGCGAUGAUACAAAUCACCUUUUACCGGCGCUUCUGGUUCUACAUCACCUCUGCCUACCUGCCCACGAUAAUGCUGAUGUUUAUAAGCUACGCGUCACUCUUUUGUAAGCGGGAGAACAGCGACCUGAGAGUGAUGAUGUCCCUGACGACACUUCUGGUGCUCUACGCCCUCUACCAGCAGAUUUCUGACGGACUCCCGCGAACGUCUUACACCAAGGCGAUAGACGUGUGGUGCUUCUUCGCUAUUACGCUUAUUUUUGCGACGGUAAUUUUCCACGUAUUCAUCGACGUGGUCGGUAACAUGAGGAUACGGCGGCGGCGACACGUGACGGAGGACACUGGGAUCAACAUGUGGGCGGCGGUAGGCAAGGCACCACCCGAGGGAGCUGACCGCCUCAUGCUGUGGGCGCGCGGUGGCUAUGCGGGCGUGGUAGUGUUGUUUGUGGUGGUUUACUGGUCUGUGGUGCUGGCCAACAUGGAUUAUUGACACACAGGCAGACAGACAAAAAAAACACACACACACACACACACACACACACACACACACACACACACACACACAGUUCUGCAGUGUGAUUCGAUGCAUGCAUGUACGUCCUCGUAUAUACAUGCAUCCAUGCAUCCGUAUAUUGUAAGAUGAUCACGUGAUUUGAAUAUAAUAGUUAUUUUUCUCCCUCAAUAAAGUGUAUCACAAAUUA